GGCCACAAUUGUAAGGUUACGUUUCUAUCAUUUCUGUUUUCCCAUAUCCUUCCUUACCCACCUGUACGAUGAUGCUUAUUCAAAAGUCAUAAAGUAAAUAAAACGCAAUAAACGGCAAUAAAUAAUGUACAAUUCGGUCUACAACAAAUAUGUUGUAUAAAGUCUUAAAUUCGAUAGUUCGGAUUUGAUUGCGGAUAUUCUGCAUCUCUAUAUUCUGGUUCUGUAAAGGAGUAAAACGCAAUAGAAAAUCAUCUUAAAUCAUCACAAUGCCGAAACAGGACGAGAACUUAUUCGUGAUAACCCUGGCGACAGAUCUUCAUUUGGGCUGCCACGAAAAAGACGGUAUAAGAUUCGAUGACAGCUUCAUCGCGUUUGAAGAGAUUCUGGAUAUUUCGGUGAAAAAAGAUGUCGACUUCAUCCUCCUUGCAGGCGACAUGUUCCACGACAAUAAGCCAUCACCAAUCUGUAUCAAAAGGUCGCUGGAACUCCUCCGGCAAUACUGCAUGGGAGAUAAGCCCAUUUCUGUUGAGUUUCUAAGUGAUGAACAUGAAAAUUUCAAAAAUUGCCCUGUACCAAGGGUAAAUUACCAGGAUCCAAACUACAACAUAUCCAUACCGGUUUACUCAAUACAUGGAAACCAUGAUGAUCCUUGUGGAUUUGGACGCACAAGUGCCUUGGAUAUCCUGAGUGCAUCUGGUCUAGUGAACUACAUUGGUAAAUGGAUGGAUCUGACCAAGAUAAUUCUUAAGCCGAUACUUUUGCGAAAGGGAAAGACACAAAUAGCUAUUUAUGGCUUAAGCCACAUACGAGACGAACGUCUCAACCGGCUGCUGAAAACCAAUCUUGUCGAGUUUGAAAGACCUCCGAACAAAGAAUCGUGGUUCAACAUUUUGCUCCUUCAUCAGAACCGGGUCAACAGGCAGAUGUCAUCAACAAAUGUCAUACAUGAAAGUAUGAUACCUGAUUUUUUCGAUCUUGUCAUCUGGGGUCAUGAGCAUGAAUGUAGGAUUGAACCCGAGUGGAACGACACUCAACAGUUCUAUGUAACCCAACCUGGAAGUCCAGUUGCAACAUCAUUAUGUGCAGCUGAGGCGGUUGAAAAGAAGAUUGGUUUCCUUACAAUAAAAGAGAAAGAGUUUAAAAUCGAACCAGUUAAAUUGCAGACAGUGCGUCCAUUUGUAUUCGACACUGCAAGUGUCGAUGAUUGGAAAACUGACGAUGUGAAGUGGGAUGCGAAAAAACUUCAGUCGUACGCUGAAAAAUAUAUAAAAUCCAAACUACUUCUUCAGGCACAUGAACAAGUAACAGGCCACCCGAAACAACCCAUACUACCACUUAUUCGGCUUAGGAUCGAGUAUGAAAAUGAAAACCAAGUGUUUAAUCAGAUAAGGUGUUCACAGUUGUUUUCAGACUACGUUGCAAAUCCAGCUGACGUAGUUAUACUUAAAAAAGUUCAGCCAAUUACACGAGCAUCACGUAAAACUAACAAAGAACUUACUGCUAUCGUUCCUGAUUCUGAGCAAAAUAACCUCACAGUUCAAAGUCUGAUUGAACAUUUUUUCUUUGGAAAUGAAAACGAUCAAGAUGAUAAAACAGAAAAUGUAAAACAUUUAGAAGUCUUAUCUGUAAAGGGGAUGGCAGAGGCUGUAAAGCGUUUUGUUGAAAAGGAUGACAAGGAGGCUAUACAAGACUUAGCAAAAUAUCAGAUGAACAAAGUCAUCAAACACCUCAAAGAAAGCUCAACAGCGCCAGCUAAGGAUCAGAUUAAUGAAGCACUUAAAGAAUAUCAAAGUGUACACAAUGCCAAGCCUAUUGAUGAACUCGAAGAGAUAAGGAAAUUGCUGGAGAGUGAUAGGACAGCAAUCAGUAGCACGUUAGGAUCAACGACUAUGGGUAGCAGUAUGGAUCACGACAUGUCGUCUGAUGAUGAUUUCGGGCCACCUUCUGUUCAAAAAGAAGUUCCAGCAGCUCGUGGCAGAGGGCGAGGACGAGGAAGGGCACCAUCAAAAAGCACCAGAGGAACUAGGGGGUCAAAAGCAAACGCUAAUACCACAAGUAAUCGAACAAUUAGUGAUUUUCUUAGCAAAUCUUUGGUCAAAUCGUCAUCAUUUGGAUCACGACAAGACAGUGAUGAAGAAGAAAAUGCAUUCGCGAGGCAGAGUCCAAGGAAGAAAGCAAGGCUUAACUACAGUGACGAAUGAAUCUAGGGUAGGGGAGCAUGAAAGAAAAUUCCGGGAUCAACAGUGAGAAUCGAACCCACGACCACAGGGUCUAUGAGCCGAGUCUCACCUACUACCGACUACUGCAGUCUUCCAAAAUAAUUUCUCACCAAUAA